AUGCCCGUCCGCCAUUCUAAGGUGUAUAAACGUGAACGUGUUGGGUGUGAAGGCCCGGUUUUGUUUCUACUAUUCCAUGCUGAUAUGCCGACAGAAAUUCCAUCAUCACAACAUACCCACAUGUAUACAGAUGAUGUAGCAUUAGUUAUUGAUGCAGCACCAUGGUGGAAAAGUACAGAGGUGAUAACAAAUAUUCAAAAAACUGCACAACAAACAUUAAAUGAAUAA